AUGAAUUUGUGCCACCACAAACGCCUCUGUCUUUUUUUCUUUUUUCCCUUCACCCAGACCAUCGUGAAGCUGGACCCGGAGAACUGGGUCGCUGGCCUGGAGCAGACCAUGCUCAUCGUGUUGGUUCUGGGUCGCUGGCUGAUGCCCAAGGGGGACAUGUCCCGCGACCAGCUCUCCCAGCUCCUCAUGGUCUACGUGGGACUGGGCGCCGACAUCCUGGACAUCUUUGACACCUUCAAGGAGCCCGAGGUCAAAACCAACCAGACCGUUGUCUACAUCGGCCUGGGCCUCUUCUCUUGGGCGCUCAUGCAGUUCCCUCUGGUGCUGACCCAGACACGACUCCCAGAGGACGAGCCUCCGCAGAGGGGAGCGUCUGGCCUCGGCGGCCGCCCCGCUCCUCCGCCGCCGCCCUCCUGCUGCUCCAGCGAAGUGUGGAGCCUGCUGCUCACCGUGGGACUCCAAGAUGGCCCAUUUCUGGUUUACCGGCUCUACCUCAUGGUGCGUGAGCAGGUGCUCAACCAGCUCAUGAUCUUCUUCACCUGCAAGAACAUCCUCAUCGUCCUCUUGGAGCUUUACAGGAUCUUUGUGGUGCAGUGCGAACGGCCGGUUGGGCAAUCGGGGUCGGGGAGUUGUUCUGCUCUGGUGCUCCGGUGUCAAACCCAUGGGGGUAGGGUGGAGGAAGAGGAAGAGGAGGAGGAGGAGGGUGAGGAGCAGAGCUGUCAUGCACACACAGAGAGAGGCACUAAGAGGGGGGAAGAUCAGAAAGGUGCCCAGGUAUAGAAAAGGCACAAAAUGCCGUAAGGCACGGCUUCAGCCCUUGGGGGGGGGGGGGAAUGCCUUUCACACAUUCAAGAGAAAAGUCGAACCCAUCUGCCAUCUCUUGCAUCUCAGCCCCGCCCAGAGACAGUCUUGGCCCUCUGGAGGUUCGGUGACUGGAAAUAGACCACGAGAGAAGAGAAUGAGUCCCCACUGGAAAGAUCAGAGGAAUUUAUGCAACACCCCUUUUUGAUAAAAGAAAAAACCUUACCAGGAAGUGGUGUUUCACUGAGGAAAAACUACAGUUUAAUCUCUUUGAUACACGAGAACGUUUUACAAGAUAUCUGGAAACAAAUGGCAUCGCUUCUAUGCUUUAAUCUUCAACAGCUUGCGGCGAUGUCAUGAAUUUUUAUAAAACGAUUGUUCUGAUGACGCCUUUGAUGGGAGGCAGGAUUGAUUGUGUAAUAAUAUGGUAAGAGGAUCAGAACCAGCCUUGCUAAAUUAAUAAUCUUCUGCCAAUAAAGAUGUUUCAGAAAAAAGCAA